UUUCUCUCCUUUUAAGGUUAUUCGUGGAACCUUCGAGUUUCGGGGUUGUCCCGAAAUAUAUACAAACGAUCUUUAUUGAUCCUUAUCGAAUGAAGAAACGUAUACAUGUAUACGUAAUCAAUUGAUUAGUCAGUGUCCGGUACUUUGUGUCUUCUAAAUGCUUCUCAAGUUAGACUCUUAAUCAAAUCGGUCUUCCUGCUUGACAAAUAUUGCUUUGCGUGCGGUAAUUUCAAUUGACAUAACACGAUGGAGGACAAACCUACAUCAACCGAAUUUACUCCGAGGGCGUAUCAAAUAGAUCUCUAUGAAAAAGCAGUGCAAAAUAAUACCAUUAUUUACCUGCCGACUGGUGCAGGCAAAACAUACAUAGCUAUUAUGCUCUUGAAACAUUUAAGCGCCGAUGUACGCAAGCCCUAUAAUCAAGAUGGAAAACGUAGUAUAUUUGUCGUAAAUACAGUAGCAUUGGUACUCCAACAGUCGGACUAUAUAAAUAGACAUACGGAUUUAACUUGUAAAGGUUAUAGCGGAGAUAUGCAAGUGGAUCAUUGGAAGGAAGAACAGUGGUUAACUGAAUUAAAAGAAAACCAAGUUUUGGUAAUGACAUCGCAAAUUUUGGUGGAUAUACUUAGCCAUGGGUAUAUGAAAUUAGAAAAAAUAAAUCUAAUUAUAUUUGACGAGUGCCACAGAGCUGUAUCCCAUCACCCCAUGAGACAGAUUAUGCAACGAUUUGAAAACUGUCCUAAGGAUAAGCAACCACGUGUCUUAGCUAUGUCGGCAACAUUAUUAAAUGCCAACAUAAAAUUGGACAAAAUUGAAUCUACAAUCAGGUCUUUAGAGAUAACAUUCCAUUCAAAAAUAGCGACUGUAGAAUCAACAGACUCUAUUCAAGGAUAUUGUACAAACCCAAAAGAAAAUAUUAUCACGUAUAAGAAAUAUUCAAUUUGUGAGGUAAUUAAAAAAGUUAAUGAAAUAAUAAAGGAGACUUUAGACAUAUUGGAAAAUAUAAAUUUAAAUUUCGACGAUUUGUAUAAAGAAUCUAGUGAGCAAUUGCGACCUAAAACAAAAUCUUCUAAACUAAUGGCUAUCAUGAGAGACAUAGAAUCAACUACUACGCAUGCAGGUAUAUAUGGUGGUAGCAAAUCAGCUUUAUUGCAUUUGAUUCAAUUAGAAAGCUUAAAAAAAUAUUCUACCGAGUUGGUACUGGACAAUGUUUUGGAUUAUAUGAUUGCACAAAUAAUUAUGAUAAGAAAAUUGUUUGACAAUAAAAUGAAAGGUUACACGGAAUUAGAACAGCUGCAAAACUUUACAUCCGACCAAAUUCACCAAUUAUUUGAAAUAUUAGUAACAUUUAAUCAUAACUUAAGUAAUCAAAAAUUCUGCUGCAUUAUUUUUGUGAAGGAAAGAUUUAUGACACAAGUGAUAUAUCAUAUAUUAAAAACGUUAUCAAAACUCGAUCAACAAUAUGAUUUCCUUUCGCCCGAUUAUGUAAUCGGAUUUCAGAAUAAUCCUUACAAAUAUAGUAGAGAGGUCGCGUGUAUUGCAAAAUGGAAUAAGGAAGUAUUGCAAAGAUUUAAAACUGGGUCGUCAAAUUGUAUUGUAGCAACUGAUAUUGUUGAUGAAGGUAUCGAUGUGCCAAAUUGCACAUUGAUAAUACGAUACGAUUUGCCAAUGGAUUUUAGAGGAUAUGUUCAAAGUAAGGGUCGAGCACGUCACAGUUCAAGUAAUUAUAUCGUUUUAAUGCCGGAUGACGAUCGCACUUUUCUUGAAAGAUAUAAAAAUUACAUACAUACAGAAAUUCAAUUAAAAAAGAGUUUGAUGGGGCAAAGUGACCUACGUAUGUUGCCUACUGAUAAUGAUAUUUCAAGCCAUCUAUAUGUAAGUGAGAUCAAACCAUAUGUAGUGAAACGAAAUAAUAUUGAAAGUUGUAUAACAGAAAUAUCCGCGAUCAAUGUGGUAAAUAUGUAUUGCAAUACUCUAAUGAAAUCCAAGUUCGUUCAUCUGGUGCCCAUUUGGAAAUUAGAUGAAGUGAAAAAUGAUGAUAGGAUAUUGUUUCAGAUUUCUCUUAAACUACCAAGCAUAUCACCAGUAAAAACUGAAAUUUCCGGCGAUGUUAUGAAAACUAGAGAUAGCGCUAAACGAUCUGCCGCUAUGAAAACUUGCAUAAAAUUGCACCAACUAGGCGCAUUGACGGACAAUUUAUUACCCGCAACUGGAAACGCAGUCUUACAAAAUUUAAACCAUUUGUUUCCAAACUGGAUAGAUGAAGACGAUUAUUUGCCUGGCACAUAUAAAAGAAAGCGAGGACAUAAACUAGAGUAUCCAAUGGCAUUGUACAGCGCAUUCCCGAAUUCUUCAGAGACAUUGCAUCUUCAUACUCUUAAUUGUACUCCUGCAUAUUCUAUGACAAGUUUUGAUAAUAGACGUAUAAUUUUUUACAAGUUACUGAAUGAUAAGAGUGGUUUUGGUAUUCUUUCCACAAAGAGUAUGCCAAAGAUACCUUCCUUUCCAAUUUUUAUGAAGGAUGGCCAAUUAGACGUUGACGUAAAUUCCAAUUAUGCAACAAUGACACUUAAUAAUAUAGAUAUUGAAUUGCUCAAAAGAUUUCACUUUCUAUUGUUUAAUGAAAUUAUAACUGUUAUUAAAAGCUUUAUGCUGUUUGAUAACGAAAAUCUUGAAAACUCCUUUCUAAUUGUUCCAUUGAAUGACAAACAAGAGAUAAAUUGGGACGUUGUAAGAACAUAUCAACAAAUAGAACGAAUUAUGCCAUCUAAACCUUUUCACUUCAAAACUAGUGAUUACGAAUUGGCAUUAGUCACUCCAACUUAUAGAGGAUCAACAAAUGCCUAUAUAGUUACGCGAGUAUGCGAUGAUCUUACACCCGAAUCGUGCUUCCCUAAUGAAGAUUUUGAAACAUUUACGCAUUAUUACAAGGAAAAACAUGGUUUAACUAUAGAGAAUCUGCAGCAAUCAAUGUUGGAAGUGAAACCGAUACCGGUUAAAAUUAACUACAUAACACCGAGGAAAUUGCACGAUGGAUCAAAAUCUAAGAAAACGGAUGAUACAGUGGAAGAUCUUCAGGAACACUUGAUCCCCGAAUUAUGUUGGAAAAUAAACUUUCCAGCUUUAUACUGGUUAAAAGCGACCACGUUACCUUCCAUUCUUCAUAGAAUUUCUCAACUCUUAAUCGCAGAAGACUUGAGAGUAGUUAUCGCAAGAGAAAUUGAUUUAGGAUCUCCAAAUUUACAAAAAUGGUCUCCUUUCACAUUGGAAAAAAAUAACGUGAAAUUAAUAGAACAGGAACCUAGUAAUGAAUUAGAUUUAAUGAUGGAUGAUAUAAUCGAAAGCCAAUCGGAUCUAAAUAUAUUUGACUUAAACGAUUAUAGUUCCUCGAAUGACAAAGAACCUCAGGAUUUAUAUCGUAAUAUGGAACAAGUUCAAAUAAUCGAUAUUCAAUAUUAUAAUCAAUUUAUAUCUACAAAUGGUGACGAUAGUAUUCAGAAAAAUACAAACAAAGGCUGUAUCAGUCGCCAUACUAUGAGACCGACAGUAUCAGUGCCAUCAUUGGACAUUCUUGUAUCGACUGAUAAUCUUUUUUUCUCUCAUGGUCCUAAUGCGGUAGAAAUCAUGCAUGCACUGACUACUAAAUUAGGCAACGAUAUGUUCGAUUUGGAACGAUUGGAGACUCUAGGCGAUUCUUACUUGAAGUUUAUUACAUCGUUAUUUUUAUAUCAUAAAUUCCCCGCAUUUAACGAGGGUCAAUUAACGGCAUUGAAGGGAAAAAUUAUUGGUAAUCGGAAUCUCUAUUAUUGCGGCAAUAAGAAGAAUAUUCCCGGCCGUAUAAAAAACGACGCUUUUAUACCUACGAGCAAUUUCAUCGCGCCUGCUUACACGGUAUUACGUCCGUUGCAAAAAAUAUUGUUGGAUGAGUCGGUGGCGCCAAAUGUAUUAUACGAACUGCGAAUACCGGAAGAGGAGAAAUUCACCGGAUAUAUAAGCGAAGAUACGAAGAUGACGAUGCAGCAGAUAGUAAUGAACUGGGAUAAGGAAGACACGAAAACUGGUUACGAACAUUACCUCGGUGUCCAAAUUUUGUCUGAUAAGACCAUAGCGGAUUCAGUAGAGGCACUGAUUGGUGUUUAUCUCAAGAGCAACGGUAUAAAAGGUGCCGCAAAAUUGCUCAAAUGGUUCGGCAUAUUACCAAAUAUUCAGAUCGAUGAAUUACUGUAUAGUAAUCCACCGGAUCCUUUAAUAAAUCCCGGGAAUCCCAACAGCUACAUGCCAUGGGCCAAUGACAUGGAAACUAAGAUCGGCUAUAAGUUUAAUAACCGAGCGUUUUUGUUACAGGCAUUCACUCAUCCAUCUUACACGCCAAAUGUAAUAACCGAGUGUUAUCAAAGAUUAGAAUUUCUAGGAGACGCUAUUUUAGAUUUUUUGAUUACAUGUUACAUUUAUGAAACUUGCGGAAAUUUAAGUCCCGGCCAUCUUACUGAUUUGAGAUCUGCUCUCGUCAACAAUAUAACAUUUGCUUGCUUAGCAGUACGGUAUGGUCUAGAUACCGCUUUAUUGUCCUACGCUCCAAAAUUGCACGAAGCGAUCGAUCGCUUUGUAAAGUUCCAACAAGAACGAAAUUACGUAGUUAACGACGAGCUGUUGUGGGUAUUACUCGAAGAGGAAGAAUGUAACCUGGCGGAAUAUGUUGAUGUUCCGAAAGUUCUUGGAGAUUUAUUCGAGUCUUUAAUUGGGGCUAUCUAUCUUGAUAGUGGCAAGAAUCUUACAAAAGUUUGGGAAAUCGUAUAUUCUUUUACACAUAAGGAAAUCGAUAAAUUUAGCAAAAACACACCUAAACAUCCGGUACGACUAAUAUAUGAAAAUACAGAUUCACGUCCCAAGUUUCUGGAUGCAGUAUUGAUCGAAGGUACCGAUACGAUUAUGGUACCUUUGAAAAUAACUUUUGCAGGUAAAGAGAAACUCUUUCAUGGUUUUGGAGCUAAUAAAAAGCAAGCUAAAUGUGCUGCUGCAAAACAAGCAUUAAAAACACUAAAACAUGAAAAAUAAAUUUUCCAAUUUAAUUGUUUUAUAUAGCAUACAUAUAUAUACAUAUGU